AUGCAACAAGAUCAAGAUGAAAUUAGCAAUGAAAAAAUUGACGCUAGAGAAGACGAGGAAAAUAAUCCACCUUUAAAAAAAAUAAUUACCCUGCAGGAAAUUUCUCCAGUGCCUAAAGCAAGUGGCACUAGAAAAAGGAUGACUAGGAAAACAUUAACCGGAGUUUUAACAAUUACUCCUAAUUUAGAAGAACUGAAGAAGAAAGAAGAAAAGAAAAUACGGGGAAAUGUUCGUCAAUGCAAAAGAAACAUUUUAAGUCAGUCAUGUUCCAUUACACAAACAGAAACUGAUGAAGAAGAUCCGCUUGCAACCGAGGACAGUGAGGAUGAUGUAGCGUGUCUUUACUGCAAUGAUUUGUUUAGAAAUUCGCGGUCCAGGGAGGCCUGGAUUAGUUGUAUGAAAUGCAGGAAUUGGGCACAUUGUGAAUGUGCCGGAGUGUCCCCGAAACAAAAGAAGUUCAUUUGUGAAGUUUGCCAAGAUUAA